AUGUUACGGAGAAUCGUUAGGAGACGAACUGAACUGCUAGUGGUUCUCUUUUUUGUGUCGUUAAAUGUCAUCUUUUGGCGACUAACAAACUUAGAAAAAGAGAAUUUUUUUCGGGAACAAGAACAAGAACAACAACGAAAACAACAUCAACAACAGGAAGAACAACAACAUGAUAAUCAGCAGAAAGAGUUUAAGGCAAACAUAUCGAUAUCUUCAACGUCUCCUUCAGGGCAUAUUCAUUCAUUGGAUUUUCAACCUUUUGUAAAUACCUACAACAUAAACUACACGAGUUACCUUCCUGCAACGAUUUCCGUUAUUGUAAGAUAUUAUGCCAAUACGAGGGAAAAAGAUAGCCUUUCAAUGAUGCUUCCUCCUCGACAUUAUCAACAGAUGACCUGUCCCCAGCUCCGUUAUCAGCAUCAAAUAGAGUACAAUACGGUUGUACAACGUAUCAACUUUACAGAGGGUCCAAAGUUUAGUGUACAUGGUUUCUUUUAUGACCCAUACCCACUUUGUGGACGCUAUCUUUUGUCGUAUCUGACAAGUGAGCAACAUCCCUAUUUGUUUGCCCUUCGCGUAAAAUCAUCAGGCACAACAGUAUCAAAUGAUAUUCUUACAGUUCCUACAGGGGAAUGGAAUAGUGAUGUUUUUAUUGAGCAGUGUGGAGAUUGUUUAGAGACAGCUACAGGUAGUGAUGACAAGGACCCUUGUGCUGUGGAUAUCCUCUUUAUGGCACGUUUGAUGAAUGACAACCGCGUUUUGCAUGCAGAGGUUCUACCUAGUAAUGAAACACUGAAGGAUAGAAGAAAAAUAGCGAGAAAUAUUCGUUUUUUUGUAACUGAUCCAGGAGACUACAUUUUAGAAGUAAAGAUGGUUCAUGUUAAUGGAACAAGUGAUGAUGUUCAGGUUCCCAAAACUUUGGGUUUUGUGGGUACAAGAGCUACGGUGAAUAACCGAAAAUCUUUUCUCUAUGGAGGGGUUUGUGAUAUACAGCGCAAUAUAUAUGGUAGCCCACUCCUGGUGCGUGUUGUUGCUGUAAAGAAUACAGAAAGAAGUACUAUAACCCCCUUUUGCAAUAUUUCUACAAACUACAACACAAGUGAAGGUGGUCAAUGGGUACGCUUUGUUGAUGGAGCCGAUCCAGAUACUCCAGAAGGUGCUCCACAUUCAUUGGCAGCCAACUGUACUUUGGGUGAUCGCUAUUGUUAUGGAAAUCCUAAUUCACUGACUGAUGCCUGUGGCCACAACAAUCAUUUGGUGUGGGUGCCAAGCACAUGUCGUCUACGUAUAUUCGCAAGGAAGUCUGGAGGCCCUUCCACGGGCUGUCUCCGAGUACCACCACUUCAAGGACGAAUGUCGUUUAUGCUUCUUAUUGGUGAUAGUGUAAUGCGCGAAUAUAAGUCAAAUUGUGAUGCAUUAAGAUUAGGACAAAGGGGUUCAAAUUUAACGUGUGUAUUCGCCAACAUUGCACCAGAGGGUAAAUAUUUUUCUCAAAAGUAUGCGCAUUCUGUAGUCAGAGCAAUGAUUGAUAAUGUUGAAAACACGAGACCAUUAGGUGUGUUGGUAACUAAUUUUGGCAUUCAACAUAUGAUUGGUAAAGCAACAACUUCUCAGUGGAUCAUGUUCGUUGAUGCUUUUAUAGAUGAAUGGUGUAAACGGAAUGUAACAGUUCUGCGGGGUCCCUACACAACCAUGUCUCCUUCUGGAUCACCUAAAUUUCCUAGAGGUGAUGAAAUGGACGGUUCUGAAUGGCAGCUUUACAUGGAUAAACAAAAUCGACGCAGCCUUACUAUUAUUAAUUACACAGAGAAGGAAGUAAAAGAUCGAAAAUUUCCAGCUUACAUGGAAUGGGCAGUAUGGCUCUCUCCACCAACAGUACACUAUGCUCGCCAUGGGAUGACACACCAACGUGAGUUACUAUGGGAUCGUUUGGCGUAUGAACGCCUACAAAAAAUUGGUUUCAUUCGCAUUGAUACUGUGAUACCGACGCUAUCAAGACAAGAAGGAUCUUGGGAUGGUCUACAUCAAUUAAGUCAAUACGGUAAAGUUCAGUCAGCAUGGCGCAAUAGGAAAGCAGCAACACACAAGUUUAAUGGAGGUGUGUCAUUCAUGCUUUUCCUGAUUUUAACAAAUGUUAUUUGUUUUUCAUAG